AUGGAUUAUAAACGAGUGGACAAUACUGAUGAUUUGGAGAACGAGUUUGGAAGCCUUGGCAGAACCGAGCCUCACCACAUUGCUGAAGCCAUCCUCUCUUCUCGCCUUAAUGUUGGCCGUGGUUCUCAAAUUGAUGGUUCAGGGUUCCGGACACCGUCAGAUUUGGAUUCUGCUUCUGUUGCUCCUGACAUCCCUCUAUUGACCUAUGGUCAAGAGGAUGAAGCGAUUUCCCCCGAUAAGCAUGCUCUCAUUGUGCCUCCAUUCAUGGGUCGUGCAAAACGGGUCUAUCCAAUGCCAUCUCCUGAUUCUUCUAUGCCUUUGCAACCAAGGCCAAUGGAUCCGAAAAAGGAUUUAGCUGUGUAUGGGUAUGGUACUGUCGCAUGGAAGGAAAGAAUGGAGGACUGGAAGAAAAAGCAGAACGAGAAACUUCAGGUGGUUAAACAUCAAGGAGAUGGUGGAAAGGACAAUGGAGAUGAAUUUGAUGAUCCAGAUUUGCCCACGAUGGAUGAAGGCAGGCAACCACUUUCCCGGAAACUACCUAUUCCUUCAAGCAAGAUAAGUCCAUACCGAUUGAUAAUCCUACUUCGGCUCGUGAUUCUUGGCCUCUUUUUUCACUAUCGAAUUCUUCACCCAGUCAAUGAUGCAUAUGGGUUGUGGCUAACAUCAGUAAUUUGUGAAAUAUGGUUUGCUGUCUCCUGGAUAUUGGAUCAAUUCCCAAAAUGGUAUCCAAUUGUGCGAGAAACAUACCUUGAUCGAUUAUCAUUAAGGUACGAAAAAGAAGGGAAACCAUCUGAGUUAGCAGAUAUAGACAUAUUUGUGAGUACGGUUGAUCCGAUGAAAGAGCCGCCGCUUAUCACUGCAAACACGGUUCUCUCAAUCCUUGCAGUGGAUUAUCCAGUUGACAAGGUUGCGUGCUAUGUUUCUGAUGAUGGCGCGGCCAUGCUGACUUUUGAAGCCCUGUCUGAGACAUCUGAAUUUGCAAGAAAGUGGGUUCCUUUUUGUAAGAGGUACAGUAUUGAACCACGGGCUCCAGAAUGGUAUUUUGCUCAGAAGGUUGAUUACUUGAAAGACAAAGUAGAUGCUACAUUCGUUAGGGAACGUCGUGAUAUGAAGAGGGAGUAUGAUGAAUUUAAAGUUAGAAUAAAUGGAUUGGUUGCCAUGGCACAGAAGGUCCCUGAGGAGGGUUGGACAAUGCAGGAUGGAACUCCAUGGCCAGGGAACAAUGUCAGGGAUCAUCCUGGAAUGAUCCAGGUUUUCCUUGGGCAUAAUGGCAUUCGUGAUAUUGAAGGAAAUGAAUUACCACGGCUAGUUUAUGUUUCUCGUGAAAAGAGACCAGGAUUUGAUCACCACAAAAAAGCAGGGGCCAUGAAUGCUUUGGUACGUGUGUCAGCAAUCAUCUCAAAUGCACCUUACCUGCUGAAUGUUGAUUGUGAUCACUAUAUCAACAACAGUAAGGCGCUUCGUGAAGCCAUGUGUUUUAUGAUGGAUCCCAUCUCAGGCAAGAAAAUCUGUUAUGUGCAGUUCCCUCAAAGAUUUGACGGAAUUGAUCGACAUGAUAGAUACUCAAACCGCAACGUUGUAUUUUUUGAUAUCAAUAUGAAAGGACUGGAUGGGAUUCAAGGACCCAUUUAUGUUGGAACUGGUUGUGUCUUCAGGAGGCAGGCACUCUAUGGAUAUGAUGCCCCAGUCAAUAAGAAGCCCCCUGCAAAGACAUGUAACUGUUUGCCUAAAUGGUGCUGCUGUUGUUGCAAAUCAAGGAAGAAAAAUAAAAAAGGAAAAUCAAAUGAUAAAAAGAAGAAAAAUAAGGACACAUCAAAGCAGAUACAUGCUCUGGAAAAUAUAGAGGAAGGAAUUGAAGGAGUAGACAAUGAAAAGUCAUCCAUGCCACAGAUAAAAUUUGAGAAAAAGUUUGGGCAGUCGCCAGUGUUCAUAGCUUCAACACUCAUGGAAGACGGUGGAGUUCCGAAAGGUGCAAGUUCUGCAGCCCUCUUGAAAGAAGCCAUCCAUGUCAUUAGCUGUGGUUACGAAGAUAAGACAGAUUGGGGAAAAGAGGUUGGAUGGAUUUAUGGCUCUGUCACGGAGGAUAUUUUAACAGGCUUCAAAAUGCAUUGUCAUGGUUGGCGAUCAGUCUAUUGCAUACCCAAGAUACCUGCAUUUAAGGGUUCAGCUCCUAUUAACCUCUCAGAUCGUCUUCAUCAGGUUCUUCGGUGGGCUCUGGGAUCUGUUGAGAUUUUGUUGAGUAGGCAUUGUCCAAUAUGGUAUGGCUAUGGAUGUGGCUUGAAAUGGUUGGAACGAUUUUCCUACAUAAACUCAGUUGUCUACCCUCUUACAUCCAUUCCUUUGGUUGCCUACUGCACAUUGCCAGCCAUCUGUCUUCUUACUGGGAAGUUCAUUGUCCCUGAGAUUAGCAAUUAUGCAAGUAUUAUUUUCAUGGCCCUCUUCAUAUCCAUUGCUGCGACUAGUAUUAUUGAGAUGCAGUGGGGAGGUGUUGGCAUACAUGAUUGGUGGAGGAAUGAGCAGUUUUGGGUGAUUGGUGGUGUUUCGUCACACCUAUUUGCUCUCUUCCAGGGUCUGCUUAAAGUAUUAGCUGGAGUGAACACAAACUUCACUGUUACAUCCAAAGGAGGAGAUGAUGGAGAGUUUUCUGACCUCUACAUCUUCAAGUGGACAUCUUUGCUCAUCGCUCCUUUGACCUUAUUGAUCAUUAACAUUAUCGGAGUUGUAGUUGGGGUUGCAGAUGCCAUCAGUAAUGGCUAUGACUCAUGGGGUCCACUCUUCGGCAGGCUAUUCUUUGCGAUCUGGGUCAUUGUCCAUCUGUACCCAUUCCUCAAAGGAUUGAUGGGAAAACAGGACAGGGUUCCCACAAUCAUUAUAGUCUGGUCAAUACUUCUAGCUUCAAUCUUUUCACUUCUAUGGGCUCGAGUCAACCCAUUCCUGGACAAAGGGGGUAUUGUUUUAGAAGUUUGUGGUUUGAAUUGUGACUAGAUAGAUAUACACAGCAUUAUAGAAGAUCCAGAUGGGGUUGGGUUUCGAUGUACAAAGCUUGUUUGAGAAUUUGCGUAGAUGGAUUGCUGUUUCCAAUUUAGGCAUUAUUUGACAUGAACUGGUUAGCUUCAAGGAUCGUCCUGAGCAAAUGAGAAUCUGUCGAGGAAGAUCAGAGGGAAAGCUGUGUAGAUACAAACAUUUCUGGGGUCUGUUUGGCAAAAUGUCAGUUGAUUGUUUUUUGGAGGUGUAAGUGAGGAUAUUUUGUGGGGUUGGAAGUCAUAAAAUCAACCAGUAAUGUCAGGAGGUAUGAAGCUAGUUUAUUCAAAAAUUUAUAUUUCCUCCACCAAUAAGGGGGCUUGAAAGGAGUAAAUACGCUUGUAAUGAUUUGAUGGUUGCCCUGUGUACUGUUAAAAAUACUGAGAGAAUAAUGCAACACUUCUGGAUAUACCAUUCCCUUUUUAA